AUGGUUUAUCCAGCUGAGUGUUCCAGGUGCAGGGGUGCCUUUGCUAUAAUGGAUUCAUAUGGUAUACAAGCACGUUUUAUCAAUAUCAAUAGAGGAGAAAAUAUUUUGGCGAGGAUAACCUCACUUUUACAACAAGGGACAAGGGCUAUAUCUAUCUUGGCAGCAGUUGGUUCGGUCUCCAUCGUGAGUUUUAAAAGAGAGACCCCUGGUGUGUCCCCCAUGACUCACACAUUUCAGGGAUUCUCUCCUAUUUUGGCUCUAUCUGGUUUUUAUACGCUCAACGUUGCUUCUGAUGUCCCAAUUGGUUGUUUAUAUGUCUCUGUUUUUGGUCCCGACGGUUAUACCCUGGCUGGUGCAGUUGCAGGAGUUCUUAUUGCUGCCACCCGUGUUCGGGUAAUCAUCAGAAUCUUGGUGGCCCUACAAAUCUGCGUCUCGAUAGUGCAGGAUAUCUGGCCAAUCAGAUGGGACACAAUUCAGGAGCUCCGGCAGCCUGACCUGCAAAUCUGCGUCUCGAUAGUGCAGGUUAUCUGGCCAAUCAGAUGGGACACAAUUCAGGAGCUCCGGCAGCCUGAUUUGAUCUUAACUCUUAGUGACUGGAUUCCCAAGAUCACAAGAAGUAGAUGA